UCUUGACCUAAAAUGGAUACGAAGUCCAAGGACAGGUUCAGUCCAGUGGCAGCAGAGAACGGAGGAAGUUAAAAGACAAAGCUAAAGAACACCAUUUAUAUGGAGCUCCUGUCCUUCACUACUUCCUCCAGGGAGACAAGAUUUCGAGGGGGAAUUCCCUAUAUCUCGACCAGGCGAAGUGGUGAAUGAUUCAAAUCUCCUACUAGGUAGAAAGAAACAGCCUAGGGUUUGACUUUCUCCAUAGAGAUAGAGAGAGAGAGUGUGUGAAGAACAAUUCUUCCAUUUCUGGCACUCCUAGGGUUUUACAUUAGCAAUGAAGCUUGCGGGCUUGAAAUCUGUUGAAAAUGCUCACGAAGAAUCAAUAUGGGCAGCUACUUGGGUUCCUGCGACGGACGCUCGACCCGCGCUUUUGCUUACUGGUUCACUUGAUGAGACGGUCAAGUUGUGGCGACCGGAUGAGCUCGUCUUGGAGGGAACGAACACCGGACACUGCCUUGGCGUUGUAUCGGUUGCUGCUCAUCCUUCUGGUGUGAUUGCUGCUUCGGCUUCUCUUGAUAGUUUUGUGCGAGUUUUUGAUGUUGAUACCAACGCUACGAUCGCCACUCUUGAAGCUCCCCCUUCUGAAGUCUGGCAAAUGCAGUUUGAUCCUAAGGGUACAAUUCUGGCAGUUGCUGGUGGGGGCAGUGCAUCAGUCAAGCUAUGGGACACUGCUACAUGGCAGCUAGCUGCCACACUUUCUGUUCCCCGUCCUGAGGGAUCCAAGCCUUCUGAUAGGGGUGGGAGUGGCAAGUUUGUCCUCUCUGUUGCAUGGAGUCCAGAUGGGAGACGUUUGGCUUGUGGGUCAAUGGAUGGCACAAUCUCUAUCUUUGAUGUUGCCCGUGCUAAAUUUCUACACAACCUAGAAGGCCACUUCAUGCCUGUGAGAUCACUCGUAUAUUCCCCUGUUGACGCGCGAGUACUAUUUACGGCCUCAGAUGAUACUCAUGUGCACAUGCACGAUGCAGAGGGAAAGAGCCUAGUUGGGGCCAUGUCAGGUCAUACAAGCUGGGUUUUGAGCGUGGAUGUGAGCCCUGAUGGUUCUGCACUUGCAACAGGUUCAAGUGACAAAACUGUGCGGCUUUGGGAUCUGACCAUGAGGGCUGCUGUGCAAACAAUGACCAACCAUACAGACCAGGUUUGGGGGGUGGCAUUUCGCCCUCCGGGAGGGACUGGUGUACGGGCAGGGCGGCUCGUGAGUGUUUCAGAUGACAAGAGCAUAUCACUGUAUGAUUACUCGGGGAGGUAGCAAUCUAUUUCACUGGGUGGGUGGAGGACAAUUUACUUCCUGUUCAUUAUCUGUUGGUUUGUGUUGAAUAUCAAAUUGGUCCUAGAUAAUAAGUUUUGUUUGGCCUGUUUUAGAUCUGUAUUUUGAUUUCCUUUAAGUGCUAACGAAAAAUGAUUUGGUCA